CAUAAAACAAUAAAUUGAAUGCAGGGGAGCAGACGGGUUUCGUCUUUGUAACAGUCGCUAAUGUGCCCCUAAUUAGGCGUCACGUAACAAUGAAUAGAUUCCUAAUUAGGCGUCCCAGUUGGAUUUUAUGACAUUACCGUGCCGUUUUUAUAUUCUUGUUCGUCUUGUUUAUGCCUCCCCAUUUCCUGUUUUCUUGUUCGGUCGAACAAGUAGAAACUGCCGCUUCCUGGCUACAGUUUCAGGUAUGUAAAAUGUAUGAAGGUUAUAUUUGCACAGUCUGGAACUGAAAAAUGAAACGACGGUUUUAGGGAAGCUUGAAAAAAAGUGGGUGAGAGGGUCUUUUCACUGUUUCUCCAUUUUGUUCCACUUAAUCUCCCUCUCUCUCUUUACUUUUCUCCACAGAGAGAAAGAGAGGGGGAGAUUCCGUCUUCUUCUUCGGUUGUUCUGCUGCUGUAAAUGAAAUUACCAAGUUCUCAGGAAGACCCAUUUUAGCUUUCUUCUCUUCCCUUUUCUGGGUUGACUCCUUUCCGGGUCAACAGUAGGUGAAGAGAGAAGGAAUGUCGGUGAAGACUAGAGCGGGAGCUGGAGAGCUGUGUGCGAAGAAGCUCUUGUAUUCAAGGAAAUGGGCGGCGUUUCUCUGCUUUGGCAGCUUCUUUGCCGGGAUGCUCUUCACGAAUAGGGUGUGGAUGGUGCCUGAAGCAACAAAGAAUUUAGUAGUGGAUGCUUGUAAUCCAAAGCUUAAAUUUGCUACCCAUAAAUCAAACCACAGUUCUUUACAAGUUUCCAAGACCCAGCACACUGUCCAAAGUUUAGAUAGCAAGAUUUCCAUUCUAGAGGCGAAAUUAGCAGCAGCUAAGGCAAAGCAGAAAACUAUGGGGAAUGGGACUGUUGCAGCAAGGAGAAAGUACACUAUGGUUAUAGGAAUCAACACAGCUUUUAGCAGCAGGAAAAGAAGAGAUUCGGUUCGUUCAACUUGGAUGCCACAAGGUGAAAAGAGGAAGAAGUUGGAGAAGGAGAAGGGUAUCGUGAUCCGUUUUGUUAUAGGGCACAGUUCGACGGCUAGUGGCAUUCUUGAUAAGGCAAUUGAUGCAGAGGAGGAGAUGCAUGGAGAUUUCUUGAGGCUGGAUCAUGUAGAGGGAUACUUGGAAUUGUCUGCCAAGACUAAGACUUAUUUUAGCACAGCAGUUGCUUUGUGGGAUGCAGAUUUCUAUGUCAAAGUGGAUGAUGAUGUUCAUGUGAAUAUAGCUACUCUUGGAUCAAUAUUAGAACAACACAUAAAGAAGCCGAGAGUAUACAUUGGUUGCAUGAAGUCUGGUCCUGUGCUUGCCAAAAAAGGAGUCAAAUACCAUGAACCAGAGUACUGGAAGUUUGGAGAGGUAGGGAACAAGUACUUCCGCCAUGCCACAGGUCAACUCUAUGCCAUCUCAAACGAUUUGGCCACCUACAUAUCAGUCAACCAGCAAGUGCUGCACAAAUUCGCCAACGAAGAUGUCUCCUUAGGCUCCUGGGUCCUUGGUCUGGAUGUGGAGCACGUGGAUGAGAGGAGACUCUGCUGUGGCACUCCGCCAGAUUGCGAGAUGAGGGCUCGUCUGGGAUCGACGUGUGCAGUAUCGUUCGACUGGAAGUGCAGCGGGAUAUGCAAGUCAGUGGAGAGGAUGGCAGAGGUUCACAAGCGGUGUGGGGAAGACGAAAUCGCCUUAUGGAGCAAGCAAGGUCUGGCUGCAUCGUUAUGAGGUGUGCCAUUACUGCUUCUCUUCUUUUUUUGCACAUUGUAGAGAGAAACCCUGUAGUUUCCUUAACAGCAAUCAAGAGCAUAGAAAUUUAUACUUUAACACACACACAGAGGGAAAAAGAGAAGAGGGAGAAGAGAAACUACAGGGGUGCUGUCUUCUCCUUUUUGGCUGAGACCCACUUGGACCAUGAGCAAAGAGAAUGGGAGAGAAUGUUACAUAUGAUUCUUUGAAUGGUUUGGAAAGCCAAGUUCUAGGCUUCUCUACUAACCAUGACAAUUGUGACAAUAAUGGUAGAAUCUUCAUAUGGCUGCUGCGAUUUUGCUGCCUCUGGCUCCAUUAAUAAACCUUACUGUACCCAUUUAGUUUUGAACCCUGCACUCAUGUUUCAUGUAGUACAUGCACAGAAUUCCUACGUAGAAAACCUUCAUCUACAUUCUGUGUAAGCCAUGCAGCAGCUGCACAUUUACAUGAGUAGAAACCAUGCUGCAAAUUUUUGUUUUAAUGAAAGAAAGAACACAUACCACAUCCAAGCAUUAUGGCAUAUGAGAAAUUAUGAUGAUGAUGAGCUAGUGCUAGAGCCAGUGUGGAUCCCCAACAAGGAGGGAAGAUCGAACGAAUGGGAUAUUGACGCGGCUCAAUCGAAUAGCAAUCCCCCAUUACUGAGGGGAGAUUGGCUUUCUGAUUGAACCGGACCAAUAUCUCGUUCUUACACUGGUGAACUCUUAAUGCUUGCAAAGUAAGGAACAUACAUUACCACAGGGGGGAAGACGAAGGGCUCUCAGAGCAUAUGGCAAUGGCAGAGAUGGUGAUGAAGUGAGUUGUUGUUGAGAAGAAGAAGAAGAAGAAGAAGGGGAUCGAUGAUGGAUGGAGCAUUUGGAGAUUCUGGUGGAAAGGCUAUAAAUAGAGAGGUAAUAAAGGAAGGAAGGAGAAAAGGGCCGGCUGGAAGCAUUGAAUUUGUCACCAACCCAAACGGGAAACAGAAGGGUUGAUUAAAAGCUGAUUUGGUAAACAGGGACUCUUUGAUAUCUGACAAAAUCUAUUGUUUUUAUCGUUUGAAUUUGGUUGUUACUAUUUUCCAAUUAGGAAAAUGAAUGUGAAUUACCACCCUGAUGCAUUGAAAUCUUCAUUGGAGUGUUAAUAGUUCAAAACACUGGUAUGGUAAUCGGGUAUUAGAGCUGGACAUCAAAACUAUCAAUAAUGUGAAAUCGAAAUUAGAUAAUUAGUCUUGGAGAUAAGAAAGUCGAAUACUCGUACCUUUGAGCUGAAACCAAGAAGCAUGACACUAAGGGGUCGUUUGGUUUUGGUGAUAGUUUGGUUGGGAUAGUUACAAUGCAUGUAAUGUCCACUAUGCAUCGUUUUUUUUUUAAUUUUCUGCGCAAACAAUACAUGCAUUGUUUGCUUGAUUUGACACAAACUAUCACUCAAAAUGAGUGAUAGUUAAAUCUCAAGUUUUCGUUGAGAUUGUUUGAUGGAGAUUGUUGUGUUUUCUUCUUCUUCCAAAUAUGUCCCUACCUUUUUAUGUGUGUUGCUUUUUUAUAUUAAAAACAAAGGGUAAAAGUGACAUUUUCACCCAAAAGUGAUAUAAUUUAUUUAAAUACUACAAUAACUAUCACAGAAACCAAACGAUGUAAACUACAAUACACCAAUUUUCUUAUAUACAUGUAUAUUAUUAUGCAUGCAUUGAUGACAAUACAUCGAUUUAACUAUCACCAAAACCAAACGACCCCUAAGAAUCCGUAAUUGUUAGACUGAAGCAACCAAUACAAAAACAAGGAUGGA